AUGCACGCGUGGUGCGCGCGCGGGGCGGGGCUGGGGCGCGAAGGUGUUCGGCACGACAUGCACUUGCGCCUCGAGCUGUAUGCGCCGCGCUGGGCGCAGGUCGAGCUGGGAGCGCGCCCACCCGACACGCCCGAUAGUGAUGAGGAACACCAGCUGAUCGCCCAGUACUGCGCGUCCCUCAAUGGCGGUGGCGACGCGGACGAGGCGCCGCGCUCGCCCGUGCAGGUCGUGUCCAUCAUACACCGCGAGCAGCGCCACGAGCUCGAGGCCAUGAUCCGAGAACUGGAGGAAGAGAACGCCAGCUUACAAGCAGAGUAUGAGAGGCUGAAGGCCAAGCAGACGCCCGGCUCAACGCCCGAGGACCAGCACACCCUCGCUGACAAUAGGAACGCGCCCGUUGACCAGGAGAUGAUGGCGGAGGCGCGGCUGCUGCGGCAGCACAAGGGGCGGCUGGAGGCGCGCAUGCACAUCCUGGAGGAGCACAACCGCCAGCUCGAGGCGCAGCUGCAGCGCCUGCGCACGCUGCUCGACGAGCCGGGCGCAGGGGGUGCGGCAGGCGCGGGCGCGGGGGGCGCGCGCGCCGGCACGCUGCAGACGCGCUCGGUGACGGCCUCGCAGCUGGCCACCGACUCGCCCGCCAAGAUGCACAACGGGCUGUACCACGACGCGCACACCAAUGGCGGACGUGGCGAGCGGGAAACAUUGGAGCGGCCACCGCCGCCGCCUCAUAGCGUUCACUCGCUGAUGCACUGCGCAGAUGACCUUGGGCGCGCCGUUGAAGAAUUAGUGUCAGUUAUGACGGAGGACCAACCAAACCUAACGUCGAACGCACCUCCGGAAUACACCAACGGAAACGCUGGAAAGCCGGCCGAAGAAAAAGAACAAUAA